AUGUACGGUGUAGAUUGGAGAAACGCUGGUGGCGAGAAGGAAGUACAAUCGUGGUCGAUGGGUACGCAGGCACCAGUGGCUUUGUGGCGGUAUCGAGAGAGGGAGCGAACGACCAUUUCUGAGGCUGGUGCGGAGGAGGGACGCUCCGACUCUGCUUUGUCUUAUCAUAAAGUAUAUAAGACCUGGCACGACAAUCAUUAG